AUCCCAUCUCUCCUCACUGUCCGUGUCGCUCUCUCUCUCCCCAUCCAUCAAAUCCGCUUCGUCAUCUCGCUUGCAGUCCAACCAAGUCCUAGGAAUAACACCACGGCGCAACAACUCGCACCACCACCGCCGCGCAGUAGCUAGCUACCAUACCAGCUGCACGCCUCAGUGCUAGCUUCGCCGGGCGGGGGCGGCUGGGACACCAGCAGUGCGUGCUGCGCUGCGCUGCGCCUCUCCCUGCCACUCACUCGAGGAGCAACCGUCCCAGCUGCAAGGGCGACAAGAGGAUCGACCAGCUGCUAGUAGCUAGCUCGCACAUGUUCCCGGUCGAAGUGUCGGCGCUCGCGGCGGGCGGUGCGGGAGCGGGGCGUCAGGCUGCCGGCGACGCCGCCGGGACGAUGCUGCCGCCCUUUUUCAUGGGCUCCAUCUGGCCCGCGACCGCUGGCGCCGCUGGCUCCGAGGAGGACGAGGCGGCGGCCGCCGCCGCCGCCCACGACCGCGCGCUCGCCGCGUCGCGCAACCACCGCGAGGCCGAGAAGCGCCGUCGCGAGCGCAUCAAGUCGCACCUCGACCGCCUCCGCAACGUCCUCGCCUGCGACCCCAAGAUAGACAAGGCUUCGCUGCUGGCGAAGGCGGUGGAGAGGGUGCGGGACCUGAAGCAGCGGGCGGCGGGCGUCGGGGAGGCAGCGCCGGCGCACCUGUUCCCGACGGAGCACGACGAGAUCGUUGUGCUCGCGUCGGGCAGCGGCGCCGUCUUCGAGGCCUCCGUCUGCUGCGACGACCGCUCCGACCUCCUCCCGGACCUCAUCGAGACGCUGCGCGCGCUCCGCCUCCGCACGCUCCGCUCCGAGAUGGCCACCCUCGGCGGCCGCGUCCGCAACGUGCUCGUCCUGGCGCGCGACGUCGUCGACGGCGGCGGCGGUGCCGUCGCGGGAGGUGAUGACGGAUACGGUGGACGCGCUGCUGACUCGGCGGGCGGCGCCACGGACGGCGGCGGCGGCGACUUCCUCAAGGAAGCCCUGCGGGCUCUGGUAGAGAGGCCAGGCGCCGCCGGAGACCGGCCCAAGAGGCGACGGGUCUCGGACAUGAACAUGCAAGCGGCAGCAUAGCUAGCACGCCGCCGCAGGAGGCGGGCAGAUCAUCUCGCUCGAUUGGUCGUCGUAGCUCAAAUACCUAAUUGCAUGCAUGCUCAUGUCGAAUAUAUAAAAAUGGUACUACCUCCAUCAUCUCCAUGUUUAGUUAGAUGUCUUCAUGAUGCUAGCUAGAUGUCUUCAUCUCCCAUUCUCAUGCAUGGCUUUCUUCUUGAGAUGCCAUACCAUUAUUAGGGAUAGUAUGGUAUUGCUAUUAGGGUUUGCUUGAGCUUGAACCAAAUGUUGUUCCAAAGCCAAUGCAAAUCUCCCUUUGAGCUAUAAUAACAAAAAAGAGUCAAGCAAAGGUUGCGGACUUGUUACCCAACUAGUUAAUAAGCAAUAUAUAUUCUAAGCAAUAUAUAUUUGGA